CAAUUUACAAAUAUAACUACAGAACUGUAUCUGUGUACUAACGCCCUCUCGACAAAUAAUAGAAAUAAAGACCAGAUGAUCUAUUUAAAGGUUAUAUUUCAUGUGUAUCGUCUGCUAUUGCAAGGCAAGAGAUGCAGGUGUUAUGACAUAAGAGAGUUCGUUGAGGUCUUUUAUGAAGAUAAAACCGUAACAAAAACGCUGUGUCGCGAUGGAAGAACAAAGCAAACCGACCAUGGUGUUUCAUCCGAUUAUCUCCUCCAUACAAAAAAUUGCUCUGUACGAGACGAAAUCUCGAUUCUAUCUGAUGGGAUCCAACAACACGUUAACGCGUUUCCGAGUCCUGAAAAUAGACAGGAUGGAACCGAGGGAGUUGGUUGUGGUGGACGACAAGAGGGAGUAUACUCAGGAUGAGAUAAAAGAUCUGGUUAACAUGAUUGAUAUGGGUAACCGAACGCGAGCGGGACAGCGCAAUAACGUGGGUGGUGUUGCACGUGUCGUAUCCGCCUUUGGGAUUGUUGGCAAAGAUAUUAAAGAACCUGCAGAACCUAGUUUGGGUAUAUCAGAGGAGCCUGAGCGACAAGAAUUACAAAAACCACUGCACAAACCGACACAAACUAAAUUCACCUGGAAGAGUAUGUGGCAGAGAGAUACUUUCCCCAGGCUAGUGCCAGCUUUUGCUAUUCUUGGAUUUGUACGUUUUUUGGAAGGAUAUUAUAUAAUCCUAGUUACAAAACGUCGCCGAGUUGCAGUUAUUGGUCAUCAUACGAUAUAUAAAAUAGAAGACACAUCAAUGAUAUACAUACCGAAUGACAUUAUACGAAUCUUCCAUCCUGACGAACAGAGAUAUGUAAAGAUGUUCCAGAGUAUCGAUCUCAGUAGUAACUUCUACUUUAGUUAUUCAUAUGAUAUAUCACAUACUUUUCAAAGUAAUAUGGCACCGCCAACAUGUAUUAAAUCCGAUGUACCUAUUAACCAAGAGGAAUCUGAAGACUCGGAUGAUGCUGAAGAUUUUUUUAACAUGUGGGCAUUUAGAAAAGACUGGCAGACUGAAUGUAAAGGCGAGAAAUAUAUAGAUUAUGGUAUACGCAGUAAUCCACAUCGUCGUUUUGUGUGGAAUUCCCAUCUUUUAAAGCCAGUGGAAAAAGAUUUGCAUCCCGAAUGGAUAUUGUACAUAAUACAUGGAUUUAUUGGUCAGUCAAAUGUGAGCAUUUUUGGAAGAUCUAUGUACGUUACCGUUAUCGCCAGAAGGAGUAACAAAUAUGCAGGGACCCGCUUCCUAAAACGUGGCGCAAAUUUUGAUGGGGAUGUUGCGAACGAAGUAGAAACGGAACAAAUCGUACAUGAUUCUGGUGUGAGUUCUUUAAGUAAAGGACGCUUCAGUUCCUUUGUACAAAUGCGUGGAUCAGUGCCUGCUCAUUGGAGUCAGGAUGUUAGUAAAAUGGUCCCAAAACCGACUAUAACUUGUGAUUUAGCCGAUCCUUAUGUGGAAACAGCAGGAGCACAUUUUAACCAACUACUGAAAAGAUAUGGGUCACCAAUAAUAAUAUUAAAUUUAGUUAAAAAACGAGAGAAAAAGAAACAUGAAAGUACAUUAAGCGAAGAAUUAAGUACGGCUGUAAAAUAUUUGAAUCAGUUUUUACCUCCAGAGCAUCAUAUUCAAUAUAUAAGUUUUGAUAUGGCACGCAUGAGUAAAAGAAAAAAGGUGAACGUUAUGGCACGACUAGCAAAUAUUGCUUACAAUGCUGUAUUAAAAACUGGUAUAUAUCAAUCCCAAAAUCCUUAUUACAAUCAGAGAAAUUUGUUUUCAUUACAAAACAGUAAUAUGAGGAAACUUCACAAGACGAAUUCAAACUCGACUUUGUCAUUUAAUUUAAAUGAUGCCCGAACCUCUAAUAAUAUUUCAAUUAAAAUGGAUUAUAACAAGCAAACAAGCUCUAUACACAGUUACGAUUCAAAUACAGAAAUCAUUAAAAUGAAUGAAUUAAAUCAAAUCCAAAAUAAAGUAAAGGAAUGUUUUGCUAAGAGAGGAACUGUGCAAACUGGAAUCAUCAGAACAAAUUGUGUAGAUUGUUUAGAUCGAACUAACACAGCUCAGUUUGCAAUAGGAAAAUGUGCUCUAGGAUUUCAGUUGUGUGCUUUAGGUGUACUCGAGUCUUCUAAACUUGAAUUUGAUUCUGAUUGUGUGAGGAUGUUAGAAGAAUUGUACGAGGAUCAUGGGGAUACUCUAGCUCUGCAAUACGGUGGUUCACAAUUGGUUCACAGAAUUAAAACAUAUAGAAAAACUGCUCCAUGGACAAGUCAGGGUAACGACAUUAUGCAAACUUUAAGCAGAUAUUAUAGUAAUACAUUUAGCGAUCAAGAAAAACAGCACACAAUUAACUUAUUUCUGGGAUUGUUCAUACCUGAGGAAGGUAAGCCUCCAAUAUGGGAGAGUCUAUCGGAUUAUUAUCUUCAUCAUUUACCUGCUUGUCGCUACUUGCGUAAAAGAAGAUUUCUAACACAGUGGUGGGAUAAAAGUGUACUGAAGUGUCUUCCUUAUGCACUUGAUGAAGUAACUAAAUCCUGCUCAGAAAUGAUACAAGUGCAAAAUUCAAUGGAGGACAUGAUUGACGUUUAUUAUGACUAUCAUAGGCCAUAUGAAUUAUCUUUACUAUCUGAGGUGUAUGCAUAUAAAAUAAGUCACUCUGUCAGAGAUUUUAUGCCACACUUUACCACCUGCUACAGUCCAUUUGCUGUUCGCGUACGACCAGGCAGACGAAGAGAAGAAACAGGCAGUAAAAAUUUAAAUAUGAAAAAUCCGUCUAUGACUGGCCAAAGUAGUACGAGUAGUACAACGUCUAGUGCAAGUUCAACUGAAGAUUCGAGUUCGGAUGAAGAUGAAAGCCAUCAACAAAUAGAUGAUUUCCAAUUAAUUACUUCCAAAGAUAGUUUAGAAUUAACGUCAUUUGAAUCCUUGUUUCCUUCUAUGAAAGAAGUAUAUGGUACAGAACCAGAAUAUCCAAAGCGAAACGAUAUUAUUCUUUACAAAAGAUUUGUUUUAAUAGGACGCAAUGCAACAUAUCUUAUAGAUCAUACUAAAUUGCGUUCAAAAUUAUUUCAACAAGCACCCUUCCAUGAAACUGCAGCCACCGUCAUUACGCUACCUAAUGUUAAAGAGUCGAGCAUAAAUAUAUACGAGCAAUAUGUAAAGAGAGCCACGGCAGGUGGCACAAUACCAAAUUCAAAGAAUAUGAAUUUAUAUGAAACUUAUGCUGCCCAGUACAGACUGCUUAUGAAACCAGCAUCUUUUGGAUAAGACUGAAUUAUUUUUGUUUUAUAAAUUAAAUUAUUGUACAUUAUAUUGUAAAUAUUAAACAUAUUUAAUGUUAAUUUAAUAUUACUUUUGUACAUAUAAUUGCCAAAACGAAUGAAAAUGGAAUUCAUUAUAUGUUUACGAUAUGCGAUUA